AUGACUAAUGACUCCCUGAAGAAGAGAGAGUCGGCUCUGUCCGCCACAUACCACGCACGGUCGCUGGUGGCGGCUAAACCGCUUUGGGAGCCCGACCACCCGGUUCCACGCAGCACAUCAAGGAGUCGUGGUUUGGAGCUUGGCACUGACUCUGAACAUGAGAAGAAUCUCACAUGGGAAGACUGGUACAGGGGGAAUGAAAGGUUUUAA